AUGAUUAAUACGAUCAGGACAGUACUGGGCCCCUAUGGGGUAGACCGGAGAGUACAUUGCGUAGAUUUUACAGACUGCGAAAAUGGAUUGGGAAUUAAGGUUAUUGGAGGAGUGAAGGAGCUGACCGGGGAGGAGUAUGGUCUGUAUGUGAAAAGGAUUCUGCCUGGUGGCCUUGCUUCAGUUGAUGGUCGUCUGCAACCAGGAGACCAGAUUCUUGAAGUUAAUGGUGACAGUCUGGUGGGAGUGACAAAUGAAAGUGCAGUGGAAAUCCUUCGAGCUGCCUCUUCAUCCAAUAACAUGAGGCUGAUGAUUGCAAGGGAUGAACAGGGCAGGCGAGAAUUUUCAGAAUUGUUAGAGAACCAUGAAUCCAGGAGUAGUACAGGAUCAGCACGGAAUUCACCCACCCCACGAGGAACUGGUAAGUUUCAUUUUCUUUGUGACAGCAGAUCGUCAGGCACCUCAUUAACUUCCUUGAGCCCUCAACUGUUGAGCCCAAUGAGUUCCCGCCACUCAUCCAAUGGAAACAGCGAAAGUUUACUUCGUUCCAAUGCACCCGACGAAGAAAUCCAGCUUGUUACCAUCACCAAAUCCGCAGCCCUUGGACUCACUGUCUCAGGAGGAUCCAACAGGCCAGAUGGACCCAAAGUGUAUGUGGAGGAUAUCAUUUCUGAAGAUUGCCAGAAGGAUGGCCAACUUCGUCCAGGAGACCAGCUGGUUGCAAUUAAUAAAAAGUCACUGAUUGGCGUGACGCACGAAGAAGCCAAAAGCAUCCUCAAGAAAAUAAAGUUGACGAAUGAAGGAACCAUAACAAUUGCCUUUUUACCAGGCAAAGGACUUUUGCAUCGUCAUUCCUCAUUACACAAUACAGACGACUCAGCUCAGAAGAACACAGGAAAUGGCUUCAGUUCUUGUAGACUGAAGGUUCACGUGAGAACUCCCAAGUCUCAACAUGAAGACCACUGUCUCGUGCCAUCUCAGGUCACCAGACAUUUGUCCAGCAGAGCUCACUGCCUCAGCUGCCAAAACAUCCAUUCCGAAAGAAGUGCCCAGAGCAAACUGAAAGUCUGUCUGGACCCUCAUGUUCGUUUAAAAAUGGAUAAGCUCGAUUUGGCACUGAAGUAUCUUGGGCUACAUGUGACAGAGGAACAAAGAAGAGCACUAAGACAGAGUCUCAGGAAUGACUCUCAGGGAACUGUAGCCUUUGGAGAUUUUGAGCAGGCAACAAGGAAUAAGCUACCAAAGGAGCUAGAAGAUGUUGGUCUCAGUCAGAGUCCCCUGAUGUUUUAUCCUCAUGAAGUUGCAAACAUUUUGGAUACAACAGCUUUCCAAUCUCCGAUUUUUAGCUCUGUCAUCUCCCGUGAGUCAGAGAAUCUGGAACAUCUGCAGACAGAAGUAACCGAGUUACGUCAGGAAGUGAAAAAACUGAAGGCUCUUGUCAAGGAGACAGAGAAGAGCAAGAAGUCACUGGAGGAUGAGCUUCAACAGCUCUCUCAGAAAGCCACAGCUGCACUUACAGAAAACAGGACUUUACAGAGCAAGUUGCAGUUAGCCGAUUCAGUCCAGCAUCAGGCCCUCAGUGCUGAGCAGGACUACGAGGAGGUGAUCCGUCUUCUGGAAGCUGAGAUCACAGAUCUCAAAACUGAGCUGGCAGCGAUGCAACAGAAGGAGUCUGCAGGGGGUUCCAAGGAGGAUACACAAGAUCUGCAACAAAGGUUGUCGGUUGCCAUCUGUCAGCUGCACGCAUCUGAGCUCGCCCGCAAACAUUUGGAAAUCUCAAACAAGAAACUAUUUUCCUUUGCUGAGAAAGUCCACAAAGUUCUAACAUCUGCCACCCUGCACCGGACUGAUCAAAGGCUAAACCAGUCCAAGAAAACCAGAAGAGAAAGCAGCCUGGCCCCUCCUGGACCUGAAGGUCAACUCGCCAUUGAAGCCAAGGAAUUGACUGAGUGGGUCUGUUCUCUAAACUGUGAAAAUGGAAGGGGUUACAACACUGGCUUUGACAUCCAAGAUGGGAAUUUUGAAAUCAAGGUGCUGCUUAACAGGGAGCCAGUGUUGGUCAGCAAGCCCAGAAUUAACGGAUUGUUGUUGUUCUGCUCACCACAUUACAGGAACGAUGAGAUUGCACUGUAA